ACAGAAUUACCCCUGGCCGCUCACGUCGACGGUUCUAGCUUAAGGGGAUGUGUGCCAUCGGGCACGGCGGCAAUCCAGUCACAUAUCGUCAUGCACGUUGGUUCGCGGGGAUCGCUCCACGAUAGAGAUACAACGAUCUCUGCCGACUCGCGAUCCAUGUCUGCGCAUGCAUCUAACCAGUUUCGGUGGCUGGAUAGGGCGUGGUUGAAGUGGUUAUGGCGAUGUAUUGGCCAAUGGCUUCAUUUGGUGUCUUGAACGCCCUCUUUCCCGUCAGGAACUCCACCAUCCAGCCAUCCUCGGUCUUCUACUUUCCACUGGAAAACUCGAUCAGACACAGGUUCAUCCCUCUACGACAACACCCGUCCUCUGCUCGCUACUUUAUCAACACGCUUCAUGAUGGCCACGCUCAACCACACUACCUCGCCAACUCCGUUGAUCGCGCCCCACAUCUCCAUCCUGGACAUCUUCGUCCCCGGCUCUACUAGCAUCCUUGCCGCCAUCGAGCCAGUUCUGGCUACGAACAGCUACUUUCGUCCCCUCUUUCUCUGCAUGUUGCUGGUGUUCCUUGGCAGACAUGUCUGCAGAUACCUCUGGGGAGUGGCGGAGGCUCACUUUGCUUCGACGGUCCAUGUCCAACAUUCCAGUGAAGUGUACGACAUGGUUGGUCUCUGGAUGACCUCUCAACCAUUCGCUCACAGGGCUCGGUCGUCCGUCGCCCGAGUCGGCUGGAGACGGUCAUCCGGUCAUGAAGACGGAACGCAGAAGAAACCCCUGCACUACUCUCCUUGGAAGGGGACGUUUUACUUCAUCUACAACAAGCAUUUGUUCUGGUUUCGCUCUGUGGAGAAAGAACUCGGUAUUUGUAUUGAGGAGGUGGUUACGGUCUCGUGCAUUGGAUCCCCAACAAUCCUGAAGCAGUUCUUCAACGACUGCCGGGGCGCAUACCUGAAUUUGACCAAGAACAAGACAAGCAUUUUCGAACACUGCAGCGGCAAGUGGAAAAGGACGAAUCUGAAGAGCACCAGGCCGAUUUCGACUGUUGUCAUGAAUGACGAGGUCAAGGAAGGACUUCUGCAGGACAUCGAAAGCUUCCUGGAACCGAAAGCUCCCACAUGGCACGCCAACCGCGGCAUACCCUACCGCAAGGGUUACCUGCUGUAUGGGCCUCCUGGGACCGGGAAAUCGAGCUUGUGCUUGUCUCUAGCAGGGCGCUUCGACUUGGACGUCUACAUCCUCAACAUCUCUGCCGCCGACCGGAACUCACUGGGCGCUCUUUUCGCGGAACUCCCGUCCCGCUGUCUCCUCCUUCUGGAAGACGUGGACGCCGUUGGAGCAGCGCGACCUCGACGAGGCGAAAUGGACAUCACUCAAGCCGGGGAAGAUGCCACCCAGAGUCAACCCCCAUCGCAGGGGAAGCUGUCGCUGUCGGACAUUCUCAACGCUCUCGAUGGGGUAUCGCCACAGGAGGGUCGGCUGCUCAUGAUGACUACGAACCACUUGGACCAUCUGGACUGGGCGCUCAUCCGGGCUGGUCGUGUGGACAAGAAAAUUGAGCUUCCGAAUGCCGACAAGGACGUGAUAUUCCGGCUCUUCUGCAUGAUCUUCAAGAGAGCAGAAGGCGACAUCCCCGCUCCGAAGGAACCGGCGGAAGACGAUAGAACGGUAGAAGAGUUUGCGCGUGAUUUUGCGAGGAAGGUGCCAGAACGGGAGUUCUCGCCAGCUGAAAUACAAUCUUAUCUGGUGGAACACAGAGGCUCGGCUCGUGUGGCGGUGGAGAAGGUGCAGGAAUGGAUGGACAGAACCAGGGCAGAGAGGUCGAAGGUGGCGAGGGUGGAUUCUUUCAUGGAGGUUCAGCGCUCGAGCGUGAUUAAUUAGGGCGUCGGGAGGGAGCACUAUGGGAGAGGAUUUCAGACUGCGAUUCACUCUCCAACAGGGUCAAAGAGAGAGAAUGUACUUAGGGUCUUCGACAUCUUAAACCCCAUCUUUCCUGCGGCUCUGUCCCCUUCUCCCGUCCUCGUGUUCGUCUCGGCGCGGCCGUUUGCGCGAUAUUGUUCGUAGCUCUUUGCGAUGGAUUGACCGUGUCCUCGAACAAAUGUAUGGCUUCGCGGACUUCGGCGGCUGUAGCUGAUCGCGCAUCUCGACCACGAUCGAGGCCGACGGCACCGCCGCCGCAGCCGCUGUCCUGUGACGAGACAACUCAACGACCGAGGUCAAACGAUUGAAAUUG